GGUGUCCUCAUCAGAGUGCCCCCUUACAUCAGGUGUCCUCAUCAGAGUGCCCCCUUACAUCAGGUGUCCUCAUCAGAGUGCCCCCUUACAUCAGGUGUCCUCAUCAGAGUGCCCCCUUACAUCAGGUGUCCUCAUCAGAGUGCCCCCUUACAUCAACUGUCCUCGUCAGAGUGCCCCCUUACAUUAACUGUUCCCAUCAAAAUCCUGCUUACAUCAAAUGUCCUCAUCAGAGUGCCCCCUUACAUCAAAUGUCCCCAUCAAAAUCCUGCUUACAUCAAAUGCUCCCAUCAGAGUGUCCCCUUACAUCCUUUGUCCCUUUACAUCCCAGCACCCCCCUUGAUCCUGGCCUAUCUUGAAAUAGGAUCUGGC